CUACAGAACAGAGUACAGGAAAGUGAAAGUCGCCAUUUUAAUUUUAUCGAAAAAGUUUGGAUGUGGUCGUGGUAUAAGCGGCCGCGUUGAUUAAAUAUUUGCUGAAUUCCAUUUUGACUUUCUAGUCUUUAGCUAAAACAUAUUUUCCAAGUUAUUUAAAUAAAGUGAAGUCUGUUGGGAAUAAAUAACAAAUUAUAUCAUCAUGUCGGCCCACGAGCAAAUGAGGGCGAUGUUGGAUCAAUUGAUGGGCACUACCCGUAAUGGGGAAACGGACAGGCACAGUGUCAAGUUCUAUGAUGACACAGUUUGUAAAUCAUUUUUACUGCAAUGCUGUCCGCAUGAAAUUUUAUCAUCCACCCGUAUGGAUCUAGGUGAGUGUCCUAAAAUACAUGAUUUGGCUCUACGUGCGGAUUUUGAACUAGCUUCGAAAACCAAAGACUAUUUCUAUGACAUUGAUGCCACAGAACAUUUAGAGACAUUCAUCGCGGACUGCGACCGGCGCACGUCGGCAGCCAAGCAACGCCUGGCUGAGACACAGGAGGAGCUGUCUGCGGAGGUGACGGAGAAGGCCAAUGCUGUCCACGAGUUGGCUGAACAGAUUGGCCAGAAGCUGGCGCGUGCUGAGGCUCUGGGUGAGGAGGGAAUGGUGGAAGAGAGCGUUAAACUCAUGGGAGAGAUAGACGAGCUACGUAAAAAGAAAGCCUUGGCCGAGCAAGAGUACCGCAACUCGAUGCCGGCGUCCUCCUACCAGCAACAGAAGCUGCGCGUGUGUGAGGUCUGCUCCGCCUACCUCGGCAUCCACGACAACGAUCGCCGGCUGGCUGACCACUUUGGUGGGAAACUACAUCUUGGAUUUAUCACUAUUCGCGACAAAUUGGCAGAGCUGAAGAAAACGGUGGAUAAGCGUCGCGAGGAGCGUGGAGUCAGCGAGCGCGAGCGUAGCGGCGGCAGACGGCACUACGUCGGCGGGCGCGAGCUCGACCGUCGCGCGCGGCGCCACCGCGAGACUGCGCGCGAGCGCGACCGGGAGCGUGACCGCGACCGCGACCGCAAGGACCGCGGCGAUCGGGACAAGGACCGCGGCGAUCGCGACAAGGAGCGCGGCGAUCGGGACAAGGAACGCGCUGAGCGGGACAAGGAACGCGGCGAGCGGGACAAGGAACGCGGCGAGCGGGAUAAGGAGCGCGGCGAGAGGGACAGGGACCGCUCCGAGCGCGAUAGAGAACGCCCCGAACGAAGACGCAGUCGAUCUCGCAGCAAAACCAAGCGCGACGAAUCGCGGGAGAAGUCGCGCGGUCGCGACCGCGACCGGGAUCGCGAUUCGCGGCGCAGUCGAUCCAACCGAUCUACCUCGCGAGAACGGAGGCGCGAAUAACAUACACCUAGCAUACAGCUUUCUAUCUUUAACUAUCUAGUUAACUAAUUCACAACCCUCUGGACUUUAUUUGACAAAUUGGUUAGUAAAAUUGGGUUUUUAAAAUACGUAUCGAAAAUCUACUGAUAUACUUUUAUUGGGACAGAUUUGAAGUAAUUUGAUCAAUUGUUUUUAUUUUUUUCAAGUUGCAUCAGUCUAUCGUAGACAGAGCAGAAAAUAGACGAUUGAUUUGCGUGCCGUUGUCAGUGAAAAAUAUUCGAUUUUGUCAUGGCUGAUUUGACAACACGUUGCACUGAACCAUUUUAUCUUCAGUAUAUAUAAUUAAUUUAACUUAUGAUGUAUAGUAUCUAUUUUAAAGUUAAGAGUAACUUAUAAUUACUUUACUUGAGACAAUUUUUUUUACUCACUCUACAUUUAUUUUAUAUAUUUCUAAAUAUUAUCAUAAAAAUCCUUUGCUAAUUAACAUCGCGUUAUUACAUUGCAUCGCCUUGUCUCGUUUCUUUAGAAAUAAUUUAUCUCUUUUUUUACGAAUGCGACAGAUAAAUUAGUAUCUGUCGCAUUCGUCUAUUUACUACUCUGUCUGUGCAAUCUAUAUGUUAUCAAAAAUGUAUUGAUAUGAGACCUUGGUUCUACUGAUGAUAUACUAAGUCGAAAUAUAGUAUAGUCUAUAAUUUACUAAUAUAAUAAAGUCUAUAAUUUACUAAGUCAAAAGUUUUUUUUUUCAAUUCUUGCUGAUUAUUAUUACUUUUGCAAAUGCGGAUUGCUUACAUACAUAUAUACAUGAAAGUAAGUAUAUCCAUUAUCCAUUAAGAUCCAGUAAAAAAUAUCCAUAAAUAGUCCGUAAGUAUCAUAGUUAUAAUUUCCUAAGAAUAUAAUGUGGAUUUGCUUUGUCUUAAAGUGGUUUUCUUUAUAGGUUUCUACAAUAUUUACAAUAUAGGCUAUUUACAUUUGUUUGCUAUGGAAAUUGUAGGUGUAUUGUUUUGCUUUCAUAGGUUAGGUAUACUGUUCUAGCUUUUAAAUGUCAUGAUUUUUUUUUCGUUUGUCUUGUGUUUUCAUGAUAUUUAAAGCAGUAGAAGCACACAAAUGUAUAGACUUAACUGAAAACUGUGACUAAUUGUUGUGUAUUGUUAUACAAUAAUUAAUUUCAGUAGAACUUAGAACUGACACGUAAUAUAAAAAUAAAUGAUGUGUAAAAUAUUGUUUAGUUGUUUGUUAUUUUUAUGUUAUUACAACUAAGGUUAAAAAGUGCUUUAUGAGGACUGUAUCAUAGACAGUCUAAAUUAAUUUUUUUCCAUGACAUUUUGGAACGUGGUACUAUGUCUAUUCACCAUCGAUAUCCUAUUAAAAAGUGGACGCACAAUCAGCGACCAAAAAACGUCCUCACUCAAUGAGUGCCAAACACAACCUCUUAGCGCUCAAUUCAAGUAGUCGCAUUUGAAAAUUCAACCUUAAACUCGUAUCCUUUAAGUUGAAUUUGCUCUAAAUUUAAUAAUUCUAAUUUUCUUUACCAAUAAUUCUAAAACUGUUAAAGCAAAAUUGGCCAGUUUUUAAGUGAAAUUUUCUACAUGAUUGUGCGUCCUUUUAUUUUAUGAGGUCUAUGCUAUUCACUUAUCAUUAAUCUUAAAACACUAGCUUUGACAAUGAAACUCACAGCUUGAUAUGAAAUAUAUGUAUAGUAUAUCUAUAUUUACUAUAUAAAUUAGUUUAAAUGUUUAGAUGAAAUGAUUUUACAGGAAUAAUUUGAACUGAAUAAAAUCCUUUCAAAACUCAUAGUUUGGCAUUAAUUUCACAAAAGUGAUUUUCGGUUUUUUUAUGUAAGAGGGUUUCUUUUAAAUAUUCUUUUGUUAAAUAAAAAUAUUACUGAGUA